CAUCGCAAUUGCAAAUAACAAAAGCUUGAAAAGAAGUCCAUGUACAAUGACAAGUGUGGACGAGCUUUUCAAGAAAUCAGGCGCUUCUUCAUCGACGAAACGCAAGCUCGAAGUGUCUCACGAUCCGAGUCAAUACUACAAAUCUGCCAAACAUAGCGCAAACGGUGAUGCGACCAGCAGUCGUGGUCACGAAGCUACGGUAGAAGAUGGUGAAGAGGAUGAUGAUGUAGAAGCCGGUCCUUCGUUACCUCCUGAAGGGGAUGAUGGUGGGGAUUAUGGGCCUGUGGAAGAAGAUGACGAAGAGGGUCGGUUUUUUGGCGGCGGCGUCGACUCAUCUGCCGCGGCAGCGCUCGACUACCUUGACGAAAGGGAGAAGGAGGACAAGUUUGUCGAAGAAGUAUACGACGUAAAGUGGAUACGACAACUGGGUAUCAAGCUUGAGCGCACCAUAAACAAGAACCAAGAGCUGCGGUCCAAGUUCGAGAACGACCCAGCUAAAUUCAUGGCUUCCGAGGCAGACCUAGACGAUCAAAUCAAGGGGCUAAGUAUUCUGUCUGAGCAUCCAGAGCUAUACGCUGAGUUUGCGGAGCAAGGCUGCGUGGCGAGUUUGGUGGGAUUGCUGUCGCAUGAGAAUGCAGACAUUGCCAUCGACGCUAUUGAGGCCAUAUCUGAGCUCAUAGACGAGGACGUUCAAGCAACAGAGGAGCAAUGGAACGCAUUUGUAGAGGCAGCGCUAGAGGCCGAUUUACUCGAUUUACUCUCCUCGAACUUCAGUCGGCUUGAUGAAGGCCAGGAGGCGGAUCGCACUGGCAUCUACAACGCACUCAGCAUACUGGAGUCCUUGGCAAGCAAUGUUACAACAGCAGAGAAGGUGGGAAAGGAGACUCAAAUAACGAGCUGGCUGCUUCAGCGGAUACAAAGAGCGGAGGCGCGCAUCGGACAGAAUAAAUUAUAUGCUGCCGAAGUGCUCUCUAUACUUCUUCAAUCUUCCCCGGCCAAUUGCAUCAAACUCAUAGAAGCAGAUGCAGUGAAUACUAUUCUGGAACUACUCGCACCGUACAGGCGACGCGACCCCGACAAUGAUACUGAAGAGGAGGAAUUUAUCGAGAAUCUCUUUGAUGCGUUGAUCUGUCUCGUUGACACUGCAGAAGGCAAGGCUAAAUUCAUCGCUGCUGAGGGCGUGGAGUUGAUCCUGAUCAUGCUGCGGGAAGGCAAAAUGACGAAGUCACGCGCUCUUCGCGUCCUUGAUCAUGUAACAGGUGGUGCGAGCGGAGGAGAGGUAUGCGUGAGGCUGGUCGAAAAACAGGGGCUGAAAACAUUAUUUGGCAUGUUCAUGAAGAAUCCCGACAAUGCAACUACAGAGCAUCUGCUCGGUAUCUUUGCGUCCAUGCUUCGCACCCUCCCGGGUGACUCAGCAGAACGAAUUCGCCUGCUCGCUAAGUUCAUGGAGAAAGACUACGAAAAGAUCAGCAAACUUGUCAACAUUCGACGCCGCUAUUCCGAAAAGCUGCGCAGAGUCGAAGAGCAUAUUAAGAAGGAACAGGAGGCAUUGCCUAAAGAGGAUCAAGAAUACAUGGUUGGCGAGUGGUUCUCUAGGCGUCUGGAUGCUGGUCUAUUUAUAAUGCAAACGGUGGAUACGAUCCUGGCAUGGCUCAUCGCUGAGGAUGGCGGAGCGAAAAAGCGCAUAAUCCAGCUGCUGAAGGAAGCAGAUGGAUCAUUAACAGACGUCAAGAAUACUUUGCAAGACCAGAUUGACGGUGUAACGGACGAGGGGGAGGAGGCUCAGGCAUUUAAAGAAAUGCUCAGCACAUUGGUGGAAUUUGUACAGGAAUAGGACUCUCAGAGCACGUAGAUGCAAUUCGUUAUCUCAAGCAUAUCUGUUAC